AUGUCCUUCACAGCCAAGACUUCAGUUCCUGGCGAAUAUAAAUAUGCGGCUCACCAGGCAGUUUUCGAGAUCUUCAAAAACGAGCUUGUAACACUUCCUUGCCCCUUCAAUUGUGAAGUGGGUCAACAUUACUUCAGACUACCUUUUGACAACGAACCGCCUUCCUUCUGGGAACACAAUGACUCGGACAACGACUAUAAGUUCUGGGUUGUCACUCGUGAUUGCAGUGUCAAGCUGACCAACGACGAGAAGAAGUAUUACCCUGACGAUUCCGUAGUCAGUGAUGUGGAGAUACCAUCUCGCAUCCUCGAUUUCAACAACCCUAGCCCUUGUCCACAUAAUCAGACUUGGCCUUGCAAUGGUCAGCCAUUGAUGUGGGACUGGCGUGACGAGAUUACUGCAAUUAUCACUACUCUAAAGCAGAACUUCAACAAACCUGGCUUCACAGUCUUUGCCAAUGAGACUUGCGGUCUGCAUGUCCACAUCGGCCGUGACAGAUUUGGUUUCAAUCUCAACACCUCCAAGAACAUCAUGGGUAUCUUUACUGCCUUUGAACGAUGCUUUGAUGCCUUGCUCACUAUUGACAGGAUCUCUGGUUACGAGGAGGACGACCGCAUUGUCUUACCUGCUUUGGAAAUGGAUGAUCCAAGCAAUUCGAUCGUCCCCUGGACACCCUCUGCUGGUUGGAAAUACAGCCUUCCCCUCUCUAUCAGGCAAUUUGAACAUCUGGCUCACGACUUGACGUCUGCCUUUGAGUCCUCCGACUUCUGUCAAUUGGAAACGCUUGUCAAACACGGUGCCUCUGUUCCGUACUGGCUGUAUCGCCUUUACAACACCACCAACUUCCAGGAACUAGGUGAGUACAGCACAGCACACCAAUCGUGUAUCAAUCUCGAGCACUUGGUCUACAAAGAUACCAAAAAGCCAACCAUAGAGAUCCGUCUACACCCUGGCACUCUAGAGGUCAACGAGAUUCUCGCCUGGAUAGAUUUAUUAUGCAAUCUCUCUAUCUACGCAGAGAUUACCUCCACCACUUCUGUUAAUGUUACCCUUGAAUCCGCUCAUGAAAACCCCUCACUCACCAUUGUGGAUAUAGCAAGACUUGUCAAUGCUUCUCCAGCUACAACCACUCACUAUACUAAUUUCCUCUCUGCUGAAUAUUCAUCUCAACGCUGUCGACAAAACACUUCUUCUCAACCCGACGACUCCCUCACUGCUCUGUACAAUUACAACGCAACUCACAGACUGUCUCAGACAUCUCCUUCUGCUGUCUCUGCUCGUAUAAUGCAAAAACUGAUUUCUGGUCGCUAUGGCCAGUUCUCUUCGUCCUUUUUGAAGAAAUCUCUUCCCGAAGUGGUCAGAAAUGCAGCCGAGAAAGAUGCAAAGUUCUUGAGCAACGAUAUGGAUGAACAGAGUUGGGAUGAAUGGUCCUCUGCAAAUGAAUCGUUGAUUGAGAAAGUGGUGCAGAGGAGAAAUGGUAGGGGUUAUUGA